AUUGUACCUCUUCGUGUUGCUUUCGAUGCACACUUUCAUCCUGGUCCACGCACGACAAAGGGUCUAUUCCGCCAAAGGAAUUCUUCCCAGGUGGAUGGCGGGACGAACUCACACGUAAGUACGAGUGGUUGAAGGCCCAGCAAACCGGCUCAAGCGCUCAUUGCCACGCUGAAGCCCGAGAUCCUGGACGCAAUGAAGAGAAUGGUUGAGACGGGGGAUUUUCCGAAUUUCUUCCGCAUGAUUGGAUUUAGUGAUAUUGCUAACCUUGUGUGUGUCUGGGAUCAGGGGAAAGAUGCUUUUGUAGCCAAGCUCCUGGACAAUGCCGCAAGACUGGAGGUAAGGAAGACGGAGUAUGAAAAAGAAUGCAUGGAACUGCCUGCCAGAACGCCAAAAGUUAAACAGAUGUUUCUUAAGAUUUGGGAACUGGAUCACUCGCAUCUGCAGGGGCAGGCUGCCGAAACACCUGCGUUUGGCUGCACAAUCGUCGGAGCUCUUGCCCUAGACGACGAGGAGAUGGCGGAACUAAACGCAGCCAUAGCCGCAGUAACCGCUACUGCCAGCUGCACCCCGGAAAAGGCCUCAUCCUCCAAAGCCCUCGACCACACGAAAUGUGAGUACUUCAGUCCGGUGAUGUGGCAGAAGAAGGUUAAAACUGCCCCGAAGAUUGACCUCAAGGGUCUCAGGAAGAGUUGGAAUGUCGGACGACCUUACCUGAGAUGCAGAUGCGCGACGAAGAGGAAGAAGGACUGCGGAACGGAACCGAUUUGGAUGGACCAUGCGAUUUGGUAUCUGCUAGCGCACCCGGACAUCCUAUUCCCCAACAUCGCCUCCGUCAAGGAUGAGAGCUUCGACCUGGAAGGAGGAGGCAGCAUGAUCGUGCUCCCUUCAGGAAGAUCCGCAUGGAGAAGGAAGGAGCGGGAGCAGGACCAAUUCGUGCAUGUAAGAUACACGAGCAGGCUUAUGGAGGCGAUUCCUCUGAGGAGUAUGGUACUGGAGGCGCUCAGGCAGGUGAUGGGGGAGAGAUCGGCGGAUUGGCUUGAAGACGUGAUCAUCGGAUGGAGGUAUGACGAAGCCUUGGGAACCAAGAUUUGCAAGCCGGCGGCGGUGUUCAGGAAAUUUAAGACGGGCGAAUGGGAGGCAGGAUAUAUACCUGAGUUCUGCCAAUGCGGCGCAAGGAGGCAUGCCGAGUUCCUCAACGCUGCCACCAUAAAGAUGCUCCCAGAGGAAGGUACCUCACACGUCGUCACCAAUGACACCGGCAUUACAAAUAAUGGCCAGUUGCAGCUCAUGCUCAAUGCAGGUCUGAACCACAUCCCACUCAGGGCACUCGAUGAGGAGUUUGCACUGGACGAAGUCGAGGUGGCGCUGGAUAAGAUACUGACCACACGGAGAUGCGAUGAGGAGUUGUCCUUGGGGGAGGAGAGAUGGGUCAAGACGUUGGUUCGAGAGAAUGCGAAGAAACGCGUCAAGAGCUUUCGGACAAAGCAUAUGCAUAUUACAAGCGAGCCGAUUAACAGCACGGCAGUGAGAAGCGAGAUCGACUGGCUGACCAGUCGAUAUUUGGGUUGUCCGACGGACAAAGCGCCACACACCCCCACGUUCGUGUGCAUCAACUUCAUCAGGAAACUAGCAUUGCAGAGGCUCUCGGGGCCGGACUUCAUACCGCUCCCAGAUUCGCCGGAGCAGGUGGUGGCAAGGCUGGUACAAGAAGCGGCAGCCUUCACUCACGAAGGGCACGAGGCACUUCCGCUCCCACACCUCAUGACGGUGUACAAGGCGCACAAGCAAGCAUUCUGAUGGAUAACGAACUCUGCAGGAUCGGUACUCUCCCCGGUGGCGAACAUCUGUGAUAGACUGUUGAAGCUCCUAGCUCA